AUGCUUUCCGGAUCAGAGGAGGACCUCUCCUGUCCCGUCUGCCGGGACAUCUUUAAAAAUCCUGUAGUGCUGUCGUGCAGCCACAGCUUCUGUAAAGACUGUCUGAGGAACUGGUGGUCAGAGAAACAGCUCCAGGAGUGUCCAGUCUGUAAGAGGAGAUCAUCGAGGAAUGAGCCGCCGUGUAACCUGGUGUUAAAGAAGCUGUGUGAGGCGUUCUCACUGAAGAGAGACCAGAGAGCUGCAGCAGAGUCAGAGCCGGUCUGCAGUCUGCACUCUGAGAAACUCAAAGUCUUCUGCAUGAACCAUCAGCAGCCAGUUUGUCUCGUCUGUCUGCAUUCACAAACACACGCGGGACACAAAUUCAGACCGAUUACUGAAGUUGCACAGAAUCACAGGAAGGAGCUGCAGAAAUCCCUGAAGCCCUUACAGGAGAAACUGAAAAUCUUUGAGCAUGUGAAAGGAAACUGUGAUCAAACAGCAGAACACAUUCAGGUCCAGGCCCGACACACAGAGAGGCAGAUUAAGGAUCAGUUUAAGAAGCUUCACCAGUUUCUAGAAGAGGAAGAGGAGGCCAGGAUCUCUGCUCUGAGGGAGGAAGAGGAGCAGAAGAGUCAGGUGAUGAAGGAGAAGAUUGAGGCUCUGAGCAGAGAGAUAGCAGCUCUUUCAGACACAAUCAGAGCCACAGAGGAGGAGCUGAGAGCUGAACACGUCUCAUUCCUGCAGAACUACAAGGCUGCAGUGGAAAGAGUCCAGCAGCGCCCCCUGCUGGAGGAUCCACAGCUGCUCUCAGGAGCUCUGAUAGAUGUGGCCAAACACCUGGGCAACCUGACCUACAACAUCUGGGACAAGAUGAAGGAGAUGGUCUCCUACACUCCUGUGAUUCUGGAUCCAAACACUGCUCAUCCAGAACUCCUCCUGUCUGAAGAUCUGAUUAGUUUGAGGUUUGGAGAGAAACAGAAGCGUCCUGAUAAUCCGGAGAGGUUUGAUACGUUCCGUAUUGUUCUGGGCUCUGAGGGUUUUGACUCUGGGACUCACAGCUGGGACGUUGAGGUUGGAGACAGCGCCGCCUGGUUUGUCGGCGUGGCGGCAGAAUCGGUCCAGAAGAAAGGGAAACAUCCGAGUGGUUUAUGGAGGACGGGGUUCCUGAACGGUGAAUACUCAGCUCGCUCCCUAUCAGACCCCUCCUCUGUUCUCUCAGUGAAGAAGCUCCAGAGGAUCAGAGUUCAUCUGGACUGGAAAAAAGGCAAUCUGACAUUUUCUGACCCGGACACUAACACACACAUACACACCUUCACACACACCUUUAAUGAGAGGCUGUUCCCGUACUUUAACACUGUAAAUGUGAACCCACUGAAGAUAUUAACACAGAAGGUUUCUGUCAGGCUAUAA